UUGAGUUGAGUUGAAGCCAUUAGACCAAAUUCUAACUGCAGAACUCCAAAGUCCACUUUUCAAACACCGCACUGCAUCUAUCUAUCUAUCUAUCUAUCUAUAUUUAAAUAUGCAAGUGCAACCUUGGAAGCCAACUCCAGAAAACUAAAACACAAUCUAAACAAAAAAAAAAAGCAAAAAAAAAAGAGGGAAGAAGAAUGGGAUGAAGCUGGAAAUCGAAAUCUUGCAGGGCAAAGAGAAGGCAUUGACAUUUGAAAGAUGGAGCAACGAAACCCUUCCCCGUCGCCGUCACCCGUUCGAGUCCUCAUUCGCCCUCCGUCUUCUCCCUCGCCGUCGACCACCGAUCAUCCUUCGCCGUCGCCGUCGCCGUCUCAGGCGCCGCUCCCACGCGCCUCCGAUGGCGUGGUGGUUGUCGGCUUCAUCGCGCGACGGCAUGACGAUUCCGCGCAGCUCCUCGACCGUGUCAUCGACUCCAACGUCUUUGCCUCCGGAAAUCUCGACGCCCCGCUCCUCGUCGACGAUGAGGAGGCGAGGGAGUGGUUCGAGCGGAGGAGAAUCAGCUACUUUCACGACCACGAGAGAGGGAUUUUGUUCCUUCAGUUCUCUUCCACUCGCUGUCCCGCAAUUCACACGGCUGCGGACGUUGCGACUCCGGGAUUUGAUUCUGCCGUCGAGGAGCACGAGUUCGGCGACCUCCAGGGAAUGCUUUUCAUGUUCUCUGUUUGUCAUGUUAUUAUAUAUAUUCAGGAGGGGUCACACUUUGGUUCUAGAAUUUUAAGGAAUUUUCGUGUGCUGCAAUCAGCUAAGCAUGCAAUGGCUCCCUUUGUUAGAUCCCAAACUAUGCCGCCUUUGCCGGCUAGAUCGCAUCCUUCAUCGUCCUCAAGAUCCGCUUCAGCAGCAAACAAUUCAUCUCCAGGUAGAGGUGGUGGUAACUUGAGUCGCAAUGUGUCGGCCAUAUCUCUCAUGUCAGGUUUAGGUUCUUAUGCUUCUUUGUUUCCAGGACAGUGCAUACCUGUCACACUGUUUGUAUUCAUCGAUGACUUCUCCAGUUUAUCUAAUUCCAGUGCAAAUGGGGAGGAUUCUUCAGAUAGUACUUCACUUAGUCAAUCGUCUAGUUUGAGUGGAGCAGCCAAGGGAAACUUGUCUGCUAAAGGUUCUGGUUCGGUAGUAGUGCUGGCACGCCCUGCAAGCCGAUCUGAAGGUGGAUUUAGGAAGAAACUACAGACAUCUCUUGAAGCACAAAUUCGCUUUCUGGUGAAGAAAUGCCGGACGUUAUCAGGUCCUGAAAUAACUCAUCCUGGCAUAAGGACUGCAGGUUCCUCAACUGCUGCCCCUUUGUUUUCACUUGAUGCAUCUAGGACAGUUGUCUUAUUAGACCGGUUUUCAAAUCAAAGAGGUGAGUCUCUUGAGUUUGCCAUUGGCCUUGUUGACGAUGUAUUAAAUGGGAAAGCAACUCCAGAUUCCCUUUUGCUUGAAAGCCAUGGUCAAAGUGCAACCAAAGAAGAUUUAAUAUCAGUUAAGGAGUUCAUUUACAGGCAAUCUGAUAUUUUGAGAGGGAGAGGGGGACUAAUUAAUACCAACAGUGGCUCAGCUGCUGGUGUUGGCAUGGUUGCUGUUGCAGCAGCUGCAGCUGCUGCCUCAGCUGCAUCUGGGAAAACGUUUACUACUCCUGAUCUUCCAAAUCUUGAAGUUUGGUUAUCUUCUAGUCGUCAUAUCUUGAGUGGAGUUCUCUGUGCAAAAGGUGGUUCCCUGGAUGAAUUUGAUAUUGUCAAAAGGAAACCUCAUUCUCGGAAUACUGUUUCAUCCUCAGCGGAAGGAUCUUUGAAGAAUACAAAUCCUUUAGAUGUUGCAGUAUCUUGGUUACAAAGUGGUAGAGGGUUGAACACUAAAUUCUCAACUAUGUGGUGCCAAAGAGCCAUUCCAGCCGCAAAGGAACUUUAUUUGAAAGACUUGCCUGCUUGUUAUCCUACUUCACAACAUGUGGUCCAUUUAGAUAAAGCAUUAAAUGCAUUUCGGUCAAUGGUGAAAGGACCUUCAGUGGAACUAUUUGCAAAAAAAUUGGAAGAUGAAUGCACUUCCAUAUGGAAAUCAGGAAGGCAACUAUGUGAUGCUGUUAGUUUGACAGGAAACCCAUGCAUGCACCAGAGGUAUGAUGCUGAAACCAGUAAUUCAGAUUUAGGAGCCUCGCCCAAGCCACAUUCAAGUGGCUAUUUUUUCCUUCACGCUUGUGCUUGUGGGCGUUCCCGACAGUUACGUCCUGAUCCUUUUGAUUUUGAAUCAGCUGAUGACAGUUGCUUCUCUGACUGUGAUAAGCUACUUCCUGCAGUCAAAUUACCAGAAACAGAAGUUGCAGCACCUGUUAAAUCUUCUGCUUGGAGUUUGCUUCGUAUUGGGGGUGCUAGCUACUAUGAAUCUUCUAAAGGCUUACUUCAAAGUGGAUUUUCUGCCACUGAAAAAUUUCUUUUGAAAUGGACAAUAUACCUAGAAAAAAAGAAAAUACCAAAUGGUUCUACAGAGAGUAUAGUGAAGCAAGGCUCUGUAAUUAGGGCACCCAAGGUUGAAUCCAUUGCAGAUGCAAAGAAAACUGGGGUUAUACAAACCCACCCUGCUGUGCUGAACGGAGUGGAAGACAUUGGAACAUCUUUAGAUGUCAUGAAGGUUGAUGAUAAAAAGAUAAGUUUUGGUAGAGGUUUCCCUAUUUUCAAAAUGAGAAAACCUUUUUCUGAGGUUGUUGCUGGAUCCACAGCUAGUGAUUCAGGAUUCCCUCCUCUUCAACAAAGGAAGUUUCCUACACCAGGUUCAGAAAAGGGUAUCAAACAAAGCAGGUCUACUAAUCAGACUGUUGAACAGAUUAAUGUAGCCAUUGAUCAUCAACUAUCUCAAAAUGUUUCAUCUACUCAGGGACAUGUUGAUGGCAAUGGCAACAAUAUCAGCAGGGACAGUGAUCCUUUUUUGCGGAUUGGUAGCAAUGUAGUACCUGUAUACUCGAAUGAUGUUGAAAAGAACAAAUCACAUUCUUUGAAGCAUGUAGUAGUAUAUGUUGGAUUUGAGCAUGAAUGCCCCCGUGGCCACCGUUUUCUGUUGAAUGCAGAACAUCUUGCCAAACUUGGUUCUUCAUACUCAUCAUCGGAAGAAUCUCAUGUAUCUUCUAUGGAGCCUUCUGGCAUAAAUCAGGCAGGUCAUACUAAAGUAAGCAAGAAUUCUUCCUGGAACAAAGUUCAUCGAAGCUCAAAUGAAAUUCUUUCUGUAGCCUCAAAUAAGGAGAGAGAUGUAAACAAAUCUAACGAAAUGAUUCCUAAUGGUGAUUCAAAUUCAGAUGGAUUAACACAUACGGACAUUUUGCUAAAGCAAUAUAAUUUGAACUCAACAAAUACAUUUGGAAAACCCCUGAAUCUUAUGAAGGAUUUUGGAGGAGAUAUUCAUGCUAUUAGCAUGGGUGGUGAUGAUCUUGCAUGGUCCAUGUUGAAUCAAAACUUGCCUAUCUACAUGAUCUGUCCUCACUGCAAGCUUUCAAGGAAUAACAAGGAUACACCAAAGUUUAAGUUUGCAAGUGGGAUCUCACAGCUUAAAAGAAUUUUUCUGGUGACACCCGCAUUUCCAGUGGUACUAGCAACAUGCCCUGUUGUACAAUUUGAGACAUCAUGCUUGCCUCCCUCAGUUCCAGAUCGUGAGAAAAAAUUGCAGUUUAGCCUUGGAUGUGAAGUGAUCUUGCCACCAGAGAGCUUCCUGACACUUAAAUUACCAUUUGUGUAUGGUGUCCAGCUUGAAGAUGGCAACAAACAUCCUCUUAACCCCUUUGAACAACAGCCUGAAAUGACUGCCUGGAUCGCCAAGGGCACAGUACUGAAGAUCUUGUCCAAGUGGAACAGUGAUGAGGGAUAUCAACCACAGUAAAAGCUUACUAAAAUUUUGAGUGGCGUUCCUAAGAUUGAAAAGGAAUGAAUGUCAACAGCUUCUCCAAAACUCAGGAUAAGUAACUCUGUGGAUGAUGGAUAUGUUCUGCAAUUGAAUUACUGAGAUGUAAUGGAAACUAGUGGAGUUCAUUAUUCAGGCAUGAACUGCUCUGUGGUACGCUUUCUAGCUUCUUCGUACGUUCUUGUAUCUCAUGUGAGUAUCUGCAAAUUUAUGAUUCAAUUAUUGCUGUCUGGAUUCAUUUGGAUGAUAUCGCCCUUUACAAAUGAAAGCAUUCCAUGAUUAGAAGGAGCCUGAGAUAUGUGCAUCAAUUACCAGAGAAUCAUAAUGGUCGCAGUAAUGUUUGCUUGCAGGUGAUGCUCCUCAAAGUUGUAGAUGAUGAAAGAUACGAUAGAUGGCAUGCGUAUACGUAGAAGAUCAUAUAACGAGGACACUCGCUGAUAUCUUUGAUGUACUGAUCUUGUUCUUCAACGUGAACCACAGUAUAUGAGCAAUGAUAUUGACCGUGUGCAUUUCAAUAUUAUGCCAAAAACACCAAAGGAUAAAAGGAGCAAGCGUGGUCUAGCCAGGAAAAAACCGUGCUCAUUGGUGUAUUUCUGAUUUCUUGAUAUCGUAAGCUUGCUGAUCAUCAGGGUGGUGAAAAAUGGUUGAACUGAAGCCUGUGAUGACCUCUGUGAAAGCCUAAAUUACUGUUCUUGAAAGUUGAAACUGUCGGCUUACGCAUUACGUCAUCUGGAGAACAAACUGUAAUUUUACGAGUGAACUUUCAUUUGUCUGUAGGGUUAGAAACAUUGCUCUUUUUUUUUAUUUCUUGAUUUUCAACAUCUUUAGUCAUUUAUUUUGUAAAAGUAAGUGAUUCCAUUCUAUUUCUCUUCGUUUUGUAUUAAAAAUGUUUAAGGAGAAUGCCAACUUUCAAAAUCGGAUGAAGUAA